AUAGACGUGGAUGAUCUUUACCAUAUCCCUGGCCAUUGAAGAUGUUGAAGUGAUAUGCAUUUGUUCUGUCCCACUUGUGCUAAUCUACUGGUGGUGGAGGAAGGGCCUUCUUGCUAUAGGUUUGCCUGCAACACAUGUCCUUACGUUCAGAACAUAGAGAGGAAAGUUUCUUCGUACAAGUUUCCAAGACUGAAGGAAGUGGAUGAUGUGUUAGGUGGAGCCUCUGCCUGGGAGAAUGUGGACUCCACUGAAGAGACAUGCCCCAAGUGUCGCCACUCCAAGGCCUACUUCAUGCAGAUGCAAACUAGAUCAGCAGACGAACCAAUGACUAUAUUUUUCAAGUGUUGUAGUCCAGAAUGUGGGCAUAGAUGGAAAGAAUGAAUGUCAUUAUUAUUGUUGCAUAAUUAUUAUUGUCUAAUUAUAA